AUAAACAUAGUACUAGCUCUAUUCACCAAUACUAUCCUGGCCUCUUUACUCGUACUAAUCGCAUUCUGACUUCCCCAGCUAAAUAUCUACUCAGAAAAAGCUAGCCCCUAUGAAUGUGGAUUUGACCCCAUGGGAUCAGCACGCCUACCCUUUUCCAUAAAAUUUUUCUUAGUAGCCAUUACAUUCCUACUAUUCGACCUAGAAAUCGCCCUACUCCUACCACUCCCAUGAGCAUCACACACAAACAACCUUACUACCAUACUUACCAUGGCACUACUACUUAUCUCCCUCCUAGCCGCAAGCCUAGCUUACGAAUGAACCGAAAAAGGACUAGAAUGAGCAGAAUA